AUGAUUCUUUCUAUCACUAAUUCUACAGCUCAGAACCUCACUUCUGAUGGGGAUAUUGCUCAAGAUGUUGCUUGUUAUUUCCAGAAUUUGUUCACAAGCAUGCAAACAGCUAGAUUUACCAUUGAGAAUGUUCUCUUCUCUGAUUGUCAGGAAUAUGUGCAAAGAUUAAAUAUGACACAUAUACCUUUGGAAGAUGAGAUUAAAGCUGCUUUAGACUCCAUUGAUGGGCAGAAGUCUGUUGGGCCUAAUGGAUUUACCUCCACCUUCUAUAAAGUUACUUGGUCUAAAACCAGUAAAGAUGUCAUUCAGGCUGUUCAAAAUUUUUUCAAUGGUGUUGAUCCUCACAGAUCUGAGGAUGAAGGAGCGGAGGUUAAGCUCACUAGAAACAAUGUUAAAGCUUUUAUACGAGACAUCUUCACUGGGGGCACCGAUAACACUUCAUUAACGGUGCAAUGGGCGAUGGCUGAACUCAUUAAUAACCCAAUCUACAUGCAAAAAGCUAGAGCUGAACUCGACACUAUUGUAGGAAAUCAUCGAUUGGUGGAUGAAAAUGAUAUUCCCAACCUCCCAUAUCUUAAGGCCAUCGUGAUGGAAACACUUCGUCUCCAUCCUCCAACCCCUUUAAUCCCUCGUGAAUCUGACAAAGAUUGUAUGGUCGAUGGCUUCAACAUCCCAGCUAAGACAAGACUUUUCAUCAAUGUUUGGGCCAUUGGUCGUGAGUCUAAAUAUUGGCCCGACCCUCUCAAGUUUAUGCCAGAGAGAUUUUUAGUAAAUGAGGACAAUGAUAAUGUUAUCAUCGAUGUAAGGGGCCAACAUUUCCAUUUAAUACCAUUUGGAAGCGGAAGGAGAGGUUGCCCAGGAAUAACAGCAGCACUUCAAGUCGUGUAUAGUGCAUUGGCCUCACUAAUACAAUGCUUUGAGUGGAAGGUUGUUGGAGAUGGAGAGAAGAUUGACAUGACUGAGGCGUCUGGAUUGACGCUGCGGAGGGCUACUCCUUUGCUGUGUAUUCCAGUGUCCCGUCACAUUAGUUUGUUACCUUUAUCAUGAGUAUAUAUUUGGGUGAAAUAUAGUCUAUAUUAUGUUUGGUAGGUGAAAAAUAAAUGGUGAAGUUGAGUUCUUAAUUUAUAUAUAUGAUCUCCUUUUAAAAUUGAUGUAUGAAAAAAGAAGUCAAACUCAAAAAGAAAAGAAAAGAAAGAAGAAAUGAAGAAAAUUUAAAAGGAGA